CCUCUCGGGUGGAAUCUGUCAAGUCUCAAGAGAAGUCUCUGCCUGCCACACUGGUGCUGCUGGAGCCAACGUGAGCCAGCAAGUGAUGCAGAUCCCCUCGUUCCUCCCCAUUCCUGCUGCUGAUAGUGACUGGGCUGAUUGUGUGCCCUGCCAUCCUCUGGGUGACAUGCUGCUGUGGACAGCUCUGCUCUUCUUGGCUCCAGUGGCUGGGACACCUGCAGGUCUCCCGAAGGCUGUCCUGGACCUUGAGCCCCCGUGGGUCAAUGUGCUCCAGGAGGAUCCCGUGACCCUGAAGUGCCAGGGGGCCCGCACCGCUGUGGACCACGUCACCCAGUGGUUCCAUAAUGGGAGCUCCAUCCCAGCCUUGGUCCAGGCCAAGUACAGUUUUAAGGCCAGACAACAGGACAGCGGGGAGUACAGGUGCCAGACGGACCAGACCAGCCUCAGUGACCCUGUGCAUCUGGAUGUGACUUCCGACUGGUUGCUGCUCCAGACCCCUCGCCUGGUGUUCCAGAAGGGGGAGCCCAUGGUGCUGAGGUGCCACAGCUGGAAGAACAGGAGUCUGUACAAGAUCACAUUCUUCCAGGACGGGAAAUCCAAGCAGUUUUCUUCUCUGAAUUCCACAUUCUUCAUCCCAGAGGCAAACCUCAGCCACAGUGGCGACUACCACUGCACGGGAAUGAUAGGGCAGAUGCUGCGCCUCUCACAGCCUGUGGCCAUCACUGUCCGAGGGUCCAGCUGGAGCGACUCCUCCAUGGUGAUGACAGCUGGGGCUGUGGUCGCCGGCACCGCUGCGGUGGCCAUCCUCGCCGCUGCCGUGGCCUGGUUCCGCCUCAGGCAAAAGCAAACUUCAGCUCCCCUAGGAAACCCCAAGCACAGGGAAAUGGGAGAGACCCUCCCUGAGGAACCAGCCCAUGUCACUGAUACUGAAGAGGCUGCCAAAAUUGAGGACGAGAAUACCAUCACCUACUCACUUCUCUUGCAUCCGGAGGAAGAGGCAGAGACCUCUGAUUACCAGAACCACAUUUAGUCUCCAUUGUCUUGCCUGUGACCCAGGGAAGGGCAUCAGAGAGGCCAGGACGCCUGACCUGAGCUCGCCUUAGGGAAGACAAGAAGAUGCCACAGUUCCAAAGGAGAAGAGGGACACUUUCAGAGUCAGCUGCAUGAAUCCUGAACCUCCCUGUCCUAAAAGUCACAGACAACGGGGUCCCAGAUGACUGACUGCCCUGGUUCCUUCUGUGUCUCGGCACUUCUCUCCAUCAGGACUCUUCUGCAUACGUCCACACGGCAGAUAAAAAUUACUUUUAUUAAGAGGUAGUAGCAACAUGGGAAAUGCUUAUGUUAUAGGUUACCUAAGAAAAUUAUGUAGGUGUAUAUGAUUUCAGGAAUGUCGAAGCAGAUUAACGUUUGCCAACAUAUUAAAAGUGAUGUUUCAGGGUGAUGGGAUUGUUGGUGAUUUUCGUUUUCUUUAUUUUUCUAU